UGGACAUCGCCCCCACACUGCUGGCGCUGGCGGGCAUCCCGCUGCCUCCCUCCCUGGACGGCACCCCCCUGCCCCUGGCGCCUGUCAGCGACGGCAGCCUGCCGCGCACCUACCCGCGAGGUGGCGGCAGCCGCAGCAGCCGCGGGCAGCAGCAGCAGCACCAGGGGCGGCAGGAGCGGCAGGAAGAGGGUAAAGGGGAGCAGCUGGGGCAGCAGGAGACACAGGAGCGGGAACAGGAGCAGCAGGAGCAGGAGGCCCCCAUCCGCAACCAGAUGGUGGCUGAGUUCUGGGGCGAGUGGUUCGACGAGUCCAUCCACUCCCACCCGCCCUACCGCAACAACACCUGGAAGGCGGUGCGGGUGCUGCGAAGUGGCAGCGGCAGUGACGGCAGCGGCAG